UCCAUAUGAGCCUCCCAUGUUAUUACUCUAUGUUUGUCAAAACAAAGCAUUAAGUGGUUUUACACACAGGGUUUAUUGUGAUCGCACACAGUAUAUCGUGAGGUCUGGGCAUGCUAGAGACUGGCCAAUCUGCUUAUGUUGGGUGCAGAAAUGAGAACUCCUUCUCAGACGAGCUGGCGAGCUGACAGACCAGGGUAGGGAGAGUGGCUUCGGGUUUUCCUUACAGACUGUCAUUACACUUUUGCUGUGGACCCUAAUUUGGAAGUGUGGUAGUAGUCUAACCCUGUAUUACAACUCCAUUGUGACUUGGGGGUUAACUGUUGAGGCAACUUGAAUUUCAUCCAUAUUUUGACAACUCUCUGACCUCCUAUUAAGAUUCAGGGUUGAAUUCAGUGCUUCAUUGACACUGGAGGGAUUCCCAAGUGCUCCUUGCUUCCCUCUGGUAGAGUUGUCCUUAAGGAUUUACAAUCAUGUGUAUUAUGUAUUCCUAUAAUCAAGUUUACACAUUGUGUACAUUUCUGAUAUUAUCACAGGCACUGAGCUCUGCUACCUGCAAUUGUUUGCUGUGAGAUAUAGUAAACUACCUCUAAUCCUGGUUGUAAUCAUGAGACUGUUAUUAAAAAAGCCAGGCUGCUGUCAGCUCGAGGUGUUACAUAUGCAUACACUUCAGUAUUGAUAUAAUGAGAUAUGAGUAGAUUGUGGCACACAGUGGCUCGUAUUGCAGGAAAAGUAAAGCUAUGAUAUUGGACAUUGUUAGUAUGUGUGUAAAUCAAUGCAAAUUCAAAACUUUUUUUAAACUUAGAUUUUUUACUUAUGUGUGUGUUCAUUUUCACUGUCAGAAAAAUCCCAACUUAUUUCCGUGCUUACACUAUUGCUUUUUAUUGUAAUAUAUUGUAUUUUAACCAAUGUAUCAUAAUGCAUUUCAUAUUCCCAUGCCAAUACACAUCCCUGCUGUCCACAGGGCAGCUUAGCACACAUUAAAGAUUCUACCUCUCCUUUAACUCACUCAGCCAAACCCACAUUUAUGUAAAUGUGGCUCAACCGAGUCGCCUAACCGCAGUGAAUCGUGUGGUUUCAUCACGAGAAGAACAGAGCCAUUUGUCUAAAUAAGCACUGAGCCCUUUGCCACAAGUGAAGGCGGAUCUUGUGCUUUUUUUCUCUCCCACAACUUGUUCAGUGUGGUUUUAUUGAUUUGAGGGCACUCAUUAUAAACCAGACAGGUUGUCUAUAAUCAUAACAAAUGCUUGCGAGGGAUAAUGAAUGUGUCUGAGAUCAUCUCAUCAGGCCUAAUGCAGACUCGUCCAAGGCUGCUGAUCUUCAAGUGCCCCCGUAUGGACGAUGAGGAGGAUGAUGUGUUUGAGCAGGACCCCCACUGCUGGCGCACCACAUUCAGGGAGAUAAAGUGUGAAGAGCGCGGCACACAGACACCUGGCCCUGCGCUGGCACCCGACAACGGCAUGCUGCCCUGUGGCGUCGCAGAGGAGCCCAGACCACUCUUCUACGGCAACGCGGGUUUUCGAUUGCACUUCCCGGCACGCUUUGAGCUCGUUGGGGAUCAGGAAGCGAGGAGACAGGAGAGUGAAGGGGAGCCAAACGGCAUGGAGCAGCUCCCCCGGCAGCAGCCUGUGGCCCGCAGCUUGGAGGCCGUUAUUGGCCAGAAACUCCAGCUGAUAGGAGACCAGUUUCACCGGGAACACCUUCAACUGGUGAGGAGGAAAUGUGCAUCCUGCUGACUGUACAAACUCCAGACAGACUGCUCCGGCCUCUUGUUCGCAGUAAACAAGUUCAGCUGGUCAAUAAUACGCCAAGCGGUGACAGAAUCUCCCUUUAGUGCACUUCAACAAGUGGUACCUCUGGCUAUCCUGAUUUAUAGAUCUUGUAAAUAUUCCUGACAGUUUUUAAAGUGUUUAAUAGAUUGUAACCUGGGAUUGGCAGCAUGCAAACAAAUAGUUGUUUCUGUUAUGUUGAGUCUCGAGCUGAGCUGACCUAAUAAAAUGCAGUAAAGCCAGGAGGAUAUGCUAUAAUAACAUCAACCCCUUAUCCUAAUAACCAUAUGAUAAAUAUACAAUGAACACUUCUCAGUUCCUCACCUUUACAACAUAGCAGCAGUAAAUCGUUUUACACCUCAUUAUUCUUCAUGCAAUAGGAACAUUUCAUUAGUUACAUAAGCGUCUUUAGAAACAAAAUACUGCACAUGAACUUAUUUGAAGGUGAAGGAGAGACUUUUCUUUAUCUUUACAAUGUUUUGGAGUGAGUUGCCCCCUUAUGAGGAUCUGUGCGCUCAGUUAAAAGUGAUUUGUUUAUUGUGGACUGGAGACAGCUGUGCCUCAGUUGUAAACUGAAAAGUAAGGUUUUGUUUUGAUUAUUGCUCAAUAAAUCAGUAGCAUAUGGGUCUUCCACUGGAUCUCCAAAAGUGCCGAUUAAGAAUAACUACUGCCAUCAAACUAGACGUGGUUAUGUGUGUGUUUGUGUGUGUGUGUUUGUGUGUGUGUCGUAAGGAUUUAUGUUGGGACAAAAGUUUGCUCUCUUUUAUUGUGUUUGCCACAUAUUUGUUUUGGAGUGGCUGCACACAUGCAGGACCUACAGAGCCCAGCGCUUCACCCCCUUCCUUCCCUCAAGCCAAAAACAUUGCUGAACAUGGACAACCCUUCCCCCAUCUUCCUAACCCAGGCCGGCCCUCCCCCUGCCUCCUCUUCCUGUUUAUUUCUCUCCCUCUCUUUCUCUCUCUUUCCCCCCUGUUUCCUCUGUGUGCUGCAGAGGCAAGUGGCAUGGAGGAUAGCUGGCCUGGAACAACACAUUGUGGUGUGGUCAGGGUGACACUGUCCGAGUCUGCUGCACAAAUGUGGGAGCGUUGUACAACCGUGACACACUGUUGUAUCAUUGGCUGUAACAUCAACAAUAUAAACAAACCCUCAGGAGAGUUUCUGCUGAGUCUCCUGUUGCACAAGUGCACAAAGUCUGGCACGCAGUUAUUUACAUGUGCAUAUUCAUCCACACUUCGUUCAGGAGAAAGCAGAAGUGGCGCGAGGAGGUAAACAUGUUGAAACCCGAAGCUCUGCGCGUAAGCCCCCGGGGGGACGAGAGAGGUCCUCUCAGCUAUAGAGAGAGAGGAGGUGGGGGGGGCUCCAUAUGGAUGCAUGUAUAUGAAGAAGUGAAGAAGCAACAAUCUUCAGUUGUCUUGAAACCUCCCCACCCGGCACUCGAUAUAUUUGUUUUCUUCAUAGUGUGAGACAGUUUCAGAUUUUCUCAUGCGCUUAUCAAGUUAUUUAUACACCCCUAGAGCUCAGCAUGACUCAUGUAUUGUGACACUGGCAAAUGCACACAGACAUCCAGACAGUCAGACACCCGGGUUGCUGCGAUGUGUGUGUGCGGUCGGUACCUACUGACGCACAGCGGCGACGGGCCUGGGUCAGGCGAUGAGGAAGUGGUAGUAACUCCUUUUGCUUGUUGAGUAAACGGCGGAGAGGACAGUCAGAGUGAGAGCGGCUCCGUGAAAUCAUUUCCUGAAGCAGCGUGUGACACAAACGCCAAUAUAGUGUGAUAGCCAAUAUAGUGUGAUUAAGAGAGUCAUAUUUUUGAUGAUGAUGAUGAUUUAAAAACCUAGAUGAUGGUGUGCGGUUUUGGAUAAGAUAAGAUUGACUUUGUUGAUCUUAAUUUCGGAAAUGUUUUCGUCACAGCAGCAUGUUAAAACAAGGCCUUGCACAUAGUGUGAAAAUGAAAAAGAGUAGAAAAAACCCCGAACAUAACCUCUCAAAACAGAUCUAAAAAGUCAAAUGUAUAGACACUGACAGUGAAAGGGAUGUGCGAUUCCAUAUCAGUCUCUUUAAUUGACAUUUCUGUUAAUUGAAUUGGCUCCUGUAAAUGCUCUUGCACGAAUUCACCCAUACGUUUUUCUGCAUUUUACUGUCUCAGACCUUCCCAUCACACAGUCAGUAAGAAAAGCCCUCACUCAAUAACAGAGUAACUGUGUGUCAGGUCUUAGUGCUCCUGUCAGUAGGUGAUUGCAGUGUUUUCAGUGCAGACACUUGUCCCAGAGCCAUCCAAGUGCCUCUGACUGCCAUCAUCGGGAUGGAUCUGAGAGCAGCGUGGCUGUGAGCGUUCUCCAUGGGAGCCCGAGGCCCCUGGCGAAAGGAGGGAUUAGGUAGCGACGGAGUGCUGGUGGAUGCUGACAGAUAAAUUGCUCCUCUGUCAGAGAGGGCUUGAGGGGACGUGGGGGUCCCCAGAGGAUGGCUGACAUUAGCCGGCCCCGCCAUUUGAGACAAGUCAAUAAUGAGUGUCACAAUGGCAGGAAGGCGGCUCCAGCCUGCACAGGGCAAGGAGCAGAGUUGGGUUUCAUCCCCAUGUUUCUUUAAGAGAGACGACUCCUGGUGCUUUCGAUAGGAGGUGCUGAAAGAAGGGUUGAAUAUCGCCCG